AUGGCUUUUGACCGCGUCAACAAGCGACCGCAUGAUGGUGGUUCAAAGUCAAAAAAUUACAGCAGUUUCUCAGAGGCUCGAAGGUUCAAAUUGAUGAUAGAAAAUAUAUGGAAUGCUUCUGCUGGUAAGGAUCGUGGUUGUAGAUUAUCCCGUGGAGGCGAGAGACUAAUGGCUCACGAUUCAGCAGAUGAAAGACCCCGUGGAAAGGAUUUUGGCAACACCGUAUGCUCUGUGCCGGAUCGUACUAGAGGUUUCUUUUCCUUUGUCAUGGAAACAUCAAACGCUGGCAAAGAAUACGCGUCAAAUCGCAGUCAAAUUCUAGCUCUUCGUCAGUCACUUGUAAUGAAUUCUAAAGAAAGACAAUCAGAAGAGACUUCUUCAUUUACGCCCCAAAGAAAGCCCAAGCAACCAGAAAGAGCUGGGCCUUGA